AUGGAUGGUGUAAGCACCAUUUUCGUAGAAACGAAUCCUCCCAAAUCUACCUCUACCACAGUCAUUCCAACUAUCUCUACUUCCAAUACGUCCUCUCGGAAGCCCUCGUCAUCCCCUCUAGCGUCGAUACCCGUGUCUACUGCUCCUGACAACACGAGUCUUGUUGCAUCCCUGCUUCCAUCAGCUUCGUCUUCGCACCCGAGCCUUGCAGAGUCAACCAUCGUCGGUAUUGCCACUAGUUUGGGAGCGGCACUUUUAUUGUUGGCAUUCGGUGUGUGGUACGCAGUGAGACGGAAGCGUCGGAGAGCGAAGGUGCAAAUUUCGGAGAGUACAAUCGCGGAUUUGGACCAAGAGUACGAGGCCACCGCCUCGACUCGUGAAGCGCUCCUAUCUGCUCAAAGCGAUAUAGAGAAACUCCGUGGCGGACAGCGUAGCUCUGUGGCUGGCACAGUGGGAGUGUCCCGCUGUUCCACUAUCGUUCAGACAUCAAGCUUCGGGCCCUUCUUGAACCACGGGGCUGCGCAAGCCGUUCCAUCACCGACAAGCACUUCGGAGAAGCGCUCUACGGGUGCUGCUGCCUCCGGCACCAUCACAAACGUCGCUCUGAGUCUUGCGAGUGAGGAGCGGCCGCAUCCCACCGUGGAGUUAGGAAGCGAGGACCCUGGAGACAGGCAUGUCUGGGAAGAGAACGUUGAUGGUGGAAGAGAACAUGAUGGAAGACGUACGAGGCUGUUCAGAUAUGAAGCAGAUGGAGGGGUCCGUCUUGCCGGAGGCCCCCUGGACGGGGGUGACUCGUCUACCGAGGUAGACCAGCUCAACGACAGCAUGGUCGUUACGAUGCCUCCGCCAUAUUCCCGGUAUUGA